AAUAGCGCCAUAGCGGUGUGUACCUCGUCCCGCUAGUUCGUCGUCUGUGACGCGACGCUUACCGACGCUCGGCGUCGUUUCUUGGAAUUUUGAUUAAUGAGUGACAUAUUCCAAUUAAAUUAAGCAUUUUUGUCGCGAUUGUUCUCACGGUACGUUAGAAUAGAAAUAUACAAGGUUCAAGAAGACUCGGUGGAAGAACGACGUUAGGGACGCGUGAGUGUGUGCUUUGUGGGUGUCUGAACGGACGGUAGUCAGGAAAACAUGGAGAACAGGCCGGCGCCACUCCGGUCCAGGCGGGUCUGUCGAUUUUGCCUGACGGAAUCCGAACCACUUAGCUUCAUUUAUGAAAGGGAUCAUAGCAAACCGUUUCAAGUGCCACUUACCCUGCAGAUCAUGUCGUGCGUCGCCAUCGAGGUAUAUGCAGCAGAUGGAAUGCCACAAAUGAUAUGUAACAUGUGCCGUUGGAACUUGGAUAGAUCUUACAAAUUUAAACUUCAAUGUAAAAAAGCAGAUGAGGCAUUAAGAGCUUAUCCAUUAUCAGGUGUCUUACCAAGACCAUUUCCACCAAUUCCAAAUGAUCCACCUGAUAUGAAUAAUAAACGGCCUUCGGAGCAAAGACCUCAAAAUGAAGGAAGCAAAAAACCUCGAGUUGAUAAUGGUGAUAGAGAGAGAAGAGAAACACAAGAAAGAGAUAGAGAUAGAGAAAGGGAAAGGGAUAGACAAGUAGAAAAACAAAGGGACAAAGAAGAUCAACAUGACUUUUAUGAGGAGGAACAAGAUGCAGGUAGCGAGGGAGAUCAAGAUACAAACAGUACUAAAGAAGAGCGAAAAUUUGAGCCAGGUGAAAUAAGGGUACAUGCAUGUGAUCAGUGUGAUCGUACUUUCCCUUUGCGACAAGCUCUUGCUUUACACAUUCAAAGAGCUCAUCGUGAUCGUAAUUAUAAAUGUACAGAAUGUGACCGCAUGUUCUUUUCUAAAUAUGAUCUUGGGAAACAUAUGACUACACAUUCAGAAGAGAAACCAUUCUCUUGUCCAAUUUGUAACAAACAAUUUUCAAGAGCAAAUUUGUUACAACGUCAUGAAAAAGUUCAUAGAGAUGAACUACGUUAUGGUUGUCAACAUUGUGAUCGUGAAUUCUUUACAACAGAAGAAUUAGAAAAACAUGAAGAUUCUGUACACAAAAAGGAGAAACCUUUCCAAUGCAACAUUUGCAACAAACGUUUUACAUACAAACAAGGUUUAGAACGCCAUGAGGUGCUACAUAAUGAAGAUAAGACUUUCGUUUGCGAAUAUUGUAAAGAAGCGUUUCGUACAAGUACAAAAUUAGCUCGUCAUUUAACAACUCAUGCUGGACAUCGGCCAUAUUUAUGUAAAUUAUGCCCCCGUUCAUUCCUUCUAUCUCAUCAUUUGACGAGGCAUAUGCGAACACAUUCUGUAGAGAAACGUCAUGUUUGUGAGGAUUGCGGUAAGGCUUUCAAACGUAAAGAGAGUUUAGAAGUACAUCAAUUAACGCACACAAAACGCACAGGUAUGGGAUUGACAUGCGCUGUUUGUCAAGAAUCGUGUCGAAAUAGAGCAGAUUAUGUCACACAUAUAAAGCAACAUAUUGAAGCAGGUGAGAAAAUGGGACCAGAUGGAUUACAACCAGACAAUAAAACAAAACUUGAUUUAGAUUCUGAUGAAGAUGAAGAAGAAGAACAAUAUUCAGAUGGAGAUGAUGACUAUGAACCACCAGCAUAUAUCGUGAAAAAGCUUCCAAAACCAAGUAAGCCAUCAGAGAGUGAAGAAGAACCAGAACGAUCAGAAAAAGAAGAUAAUCAAAAAGAACAAGUUGUAUAUGUGAGACAUAAAGAUGGAAAUAUGAUUAAAAAGACAAUUAAAACUUUGAUGCCUAUACAGCGUAGGGAAGUACAAGAUACUAAAAUAAAACAAAAUCCAUCUAAUAAUCAACCUCAAUCAAAUACGAAACCUUUGCAGUCUAAACAAAAUGAAGAAUCUUCAAAGUCUUCCCGUGUAGAUGAAACAGAAGCACAAGUCCAAAAAAUUGUUGCAUCAGUAUUUAAAGAACAUAAAAUACCAUUGAAACAUCAAGCUGUUCAAGAACAGACUAAAGAAUCAUCUACACCUGCAAGUCAAUCAAGGCCGCAACAAGGACAAAGUAGUUCACAAAAUCAAGUUUCUAUGAAAGAUGAUAAAACUGAAUCCCCUGUAGUAGUCAGUAGCACACCAAAAGCUGUAAACACUGUUAAAGUGAUAAAGAGAAUUGUUGUGAGAAAACCUAGUGGUAGUACUGAAACAUCAACUAGUACACCCACGUUAAAAGAUGAUGAUGCAGCAGGUACCACUUCUCAAACACUUAGUACAGGACAUAAAGUAACAAAAAGAGUAAUUGUUCGUAGAAUUAUUCGUCAAGGAGAUACUACCAGAGAGGUCAUUAUGAAUCCCGAUGGUACAAUAAUUGAUCCAGCAGAAUUAGCAAAGCUACCAACUGGUAAUGUUGUAAAAAGAGUUGUUGUAAAGAAACCACUUGAUAAGCAUCAAAGUUUGGUUCAAGCUGUGUUGCAAUCAUCCUCAGAUUUACGGCAACCAACUACAACAAUAAAAAGUAAUGAUAGCAUAUUAAGUGAAUCUCCGAAAUUUGAAUUAAAAACCUCUCAAUCAACAAAUAUACCGUCUUCGGUAACGAAAACAACUGUAUCUACUACACAGAAACCAUCAUUAAUAGUAGGAGAUCAAGAAACUAAAGAAAAAUUAGAACAAUUAGAAAAGAGAGUAGAGCAACAGCGAUUGAAAAUAGAAGAAUUAGAGGCUCGAAAGCAGCAGGAAUAUGAACCUAUCGAGGAAAUGUCACCAGAACGUCAUGAUGAAUCUGAUGAUGAACAACAAUUACCACUGAAACGAGUAUUUGUAAAGAAAAAGCAAAGUAUGUAUGAUGAAGAACAAGAAUAUAAUGACAAUGAUGUGACAGUGACUUCAAUAAUACCUGUAAUAAGUACUGUAACAACCCCAAGAAUGGUAAAAAAAGAAAAGGAAAAAGAAAAGGAAAAAGAGAAGGAGAAGGAAAAAGAAAAAGAGAAGGAAAACGAAAAAGAAAAGACUGAAACUAAAAUUCCAGUGGAAAAUGUACCAAAGGAUGUUCUCAUAACGCCAAAAUCAGUCACUGUAGCAACGGCAGUAACCACAUCGACGACAACAAUAGCAACGACGACGACAACACCCAUUAAUAUUAGAAGGGAAGGUAAACCUUUAAUAACGAGUUCAAAAGUUUAUGGAAAUAAAAAAAUAAUUGUUUUGAAAGCGGACGAUUCAUCAGAAGUUGAAGAUAUGAGCAGAGAAUUGUGUAGUAUAUUAGAUUCAGCUGAUUCUGUAGUUAAGAUGCAAGAAACAGUUCUAAGUAAUUUAACUCAAAUAUCUUCUCUUGGAGAGCCUUCUCAAAAGAACUAUAAUGAUAAACCAAAAGCUGGGCCUUCUAAUUCUGACAAUUAUUCAGUAAAAGAGGAUGCUAUUGUUGAAACUGAUCCCCAAGAUCAAGAAAUGGAUAUUAAAUUAGACAGUUCUGUCUCUAUGAAUAUAUCAGAUUCUCAAGAGUCUGAUAUUAAAAUGGAUAGUGUAUCUGAAGAAAUACAAGCUAUUGAACAACCUGAACAAAAUUCAAAUUUGACUUUAGAUGAACAAGAUCUUUCAGAAUCAACAGAUAUUUUUGAGCCAUCAGAUAACGUAUUGGAGGUACAAAAGAGUCAGUUAGGAGAAUCUGUAAUAGAACUCGAUCACGAUAAUCAUACAAUCAAUUUAAAUGAUACUAAUGAUAGUCAAGAUAGUCUUGAGGACAAACUUCAACAAAUGGAAGGUUAAACUUUCUACUAGGAGAAAGUAAUAAAACAGGCUUUGGUUUAAAA